CGUCACACGCAAGACAAAAAAAAUAAAAAAAUCGGACCAACGUUUGACGUGAACAUGUUCCGGGGUUCUCCGCACAAAUCGCAGUGGUGCCGUCAGAGUGGACCUCGCUGAAUUAACUAAACAGAACCGUCUUAACUAGGGGAACUCAGUGGAACUUUCGGUGGAAAUUAUAUUUUAUAUUUUUCUUAUUUGAGUGUUUACGCGCUAAUGCUAACCACCCUAGCUAGCAUAGCAGGUGAACUUGUCCCAUUCGGCUUUAACCAAAUUAAUUCUCGCCAUCUUUUGAUAACAAACUACAUUCGAACUCUUUUAGUGGCUAUUCGCUCGACCUCGGCUAGUUAUCGCCGUGUCGGGACUUCGUCUGGACUUGUACCUGGCUCGUGGCGUUCGAGGUCAUCCGCGCAGUCCAGCUCUUUAUCAAACCCCACGCAAGGAAUGAAGAGCCUGCCGUACUUCUGCCGCGGAGAGGUCGUUCGAGGCUUCGGGAGAGGAAGCAAAGAACUGGGGAUUCCGACUGCUAACUUCCCCGACUGUGUGGUGGAGCAUCUGCCCGCUGACAUCGGCACGGGCAUCUACUACGGCUGGGCCUGCGUGGGCAACGGCGACGUGCACAAGAUGGUGAUGAGCAUCGGCUGGAACCCGUAUUACAAGAACACCAAAAAGUCCAUGGAAACUCAUGUGAUCCACCAGUUCAAAGAGGAUUUCUACGGCGAGACUCUCAGUGUCGUCAUGGUGGGUUACAUCCGUCCGGAGAGAAGCUUCGACUCACUCGAGGCGCUCAUCGCUGCCAUUAACGGCGACAUCUUGGAGGCCAAGGUCCAGCUAGAGAGGCCAGAGCACGUCAAGCUGCGGGAGGACAAUUUCUUCACCAGCCAUUCCACUUCCACUUCAGCAGCCUCCUCUUCCUCUUCACAGACUUUCAUCAACGGACACUGACAGAGUUGGUACGACUGUUGCCGUGGUGAAACCUCAUAAUUUGAAUUGUUUCGUAUUGACUCUUGUUACUUUCUCUCUUUCUGUCUCUGACAGACAGACGGACAAACAGACACACACAUGCAUAAAUACUGUACGUACGUACGUACGUACGUACGUACGUACGUACGUACGUACGUACGUACAUACAUACAUGGGCACAUGCUCACACACAUUCAGUGAGCCAGGGUAGGGGCAUUAGUGUGUGUGUCAGGUGAUGCUAUGCAGAAUAAUGAACUUAAGCCCUUGUCCCGCUGAAAGACAAACGUUUUCGAGUGCUUGCGAAGGUAACAAAUGUUGAUUUUUCGUCAAGAGUUUGCUUACUGUCGCAAAUGUUCACCAAACAUUUGAAUAUUUUUCUUGACAAGGAAAGCUGUUGCUUACCAAUUAAAAUGUCUGGUGAACAUCUUUGCAAACUUGAACAAACAUUGACCAAAAAAAAACAAUGUCCAGUAACCUCACACACACACACACACACACACACACUACACUCCCUUACAUUUGCCUCUCAGUGGGAUACAGCUUAAUGCAAAGACAAAUGUAAUUAUUUUCUUUGCGUUUUUUAAAAUCAGCAUAAAAUUAUGAUUAUUAUAUAUAAUUAUUCAUUUCAACCAUUUGGGGCAAAAAUAAGCCCGCUCUUACCAAGAUCACGAUUACAUAAGUUGAAGUAAAAGUGCAGAGUUCAAGGUUAGCCUAUCUUUCUUUGCACAUAAUUGUGAAACAUUGCUGGAAACUCAAAAGUUCACUUACUCAGCAUUGGCACUCAACUCAUUCUUGUCUCAAUACUGCUCUGAAGUCAAAUAUAUAUGAAAGAUCUAUAUGUGUAAAUGACCUGUGAAUGUAACGUUAUUCAUCUUGUGAUCAGCCGCUAAAAUUAUCAGGUUCUGUGCUUUUGCUGUCCUGUGUUUCUGUUUUUGAUUCAUUUUGUAUAUAAAAGACAACUGAAAGGAAAAGCUGACUCUUAUCCUUAUGACAUCCGCAUUAAAUGUUCAACUUAAAAUGCUGUCCAUUUUCUGUCAGAUCAUUUCAUCCAAUAAAUCCACAGCUAUACUA